UAUUAGGGGGGAAGGGGAAAAGGGGGGGAUAUUCGAUUGGGUUAUCUUGCAAUUGCCCGGUCAAGUCAAGUAAUGAGUUACCAUUACCAAUUCGCUGGUUCAUGAAAUAGGUCCGUACGGCAGCGAGGCCCUUAGAUCCUAGGGACCUUGUAUGCUUGGAUAUAUCUCUUAUCCGGAUUCGGUAUAUACCUACCUACUCGAGGAGUAGUAUUGGGGAAUAGGGACUAUAUCACGAGGGCCGGGAUGACACCUCCCGGGGAGGUUGACUGGCGGUACGUAACCCUUUGCUCAUCGUCGGCCUUCCUGGUCACAUUGUGCUGGACGUGUUUCCUCCGCCACGGCGUAACUACCACCGAUUGCUGGCUUAACGCGGAAAGGGUCAUGAUAGGAACCAUAAGGACAUACGCUACUGGAUCUAGAGACUCGAUAUCGCGGAUUCCCGAAGGUGGAAUCAAGUACGAGAAUAUAGCUAAGAGGUUUAUAGAUGUAGUUAUAUUAGACAAUCACCAAGUCACUCGACUCAGUUAUUAGUUAUGAGUUAAUUCCUAGUAUGGGUUAUUCCUGA